GAGGGCGCUGUCAACAAAUGUCAACUACCUAUGCGGUAUGAAAAAGAAUGGUAGUUUGACAUUGGAGACGGUGUGUUAAACGUGGUAUCUCGAUUCACAAUGUCGAAAAAUGGAUUUUAUUUCUUCAUGCUCGACUGGGCAAAACAGCGAGAACGUUGUGGUUUAUCAGCCCCAAAAGACAUGAAAGAACUCUCAGCGGCUUGCAGCGAUGACUGGAAGAAUCUCCCACUGCACGAAAAGGGACUUUAUAAAGCCAGAGCAAAACAUUAUAAGAAUAAGGCACAAAUCAAUAUGAAAGAGAAGAGAACUACAAUUGGAGAGAGCUUGAGCGAACUGGAAUUACAAGAAAAGAAAGAACAAGAAUUUCAACAAAAUAUGAUUAGGUACAUAGAAUCUGUUGUCUCGUUAGGUAUACUGCAUAAUAACUUGCCAAAGUUAAAAUUCUUAUUCAUACAUACAAAUUGGUUCUACAGAAGAGAUAUAGGAAUCAACAAAUAUGACUUUUACCCUGCCGAAUUUGCAAUUGCAGAAUUUAGCCUAGAAAAUGGCAUUGAAGAUGUAUAUCACGAAUUAUUAAGAGCAGUUAUACCUUUAGGAUGGAAAAGAGAUGCAAUAGAAAUUAGCCAAGAAACACAUCAAAUUCCUAUUAAUUUAGAAGAAGGAGUACAAGAUUUUUCAGUUAUGUAUGAUAAGUUCACCAGAUUUUUGGAUGCUAGGAAGACUGGAAAUAAAUAUCCCCCAUUGUUUACUGUAAAAGACUUGUACCCUGCUGUAGAAUCAUUGCUAAUGAAAAUGAUUGACGAUGGCAGGGGACGUUUGGAGGACUAUCUAAUUUAUUCGAUAGAAGCGCUAUUCGGAGAAAUGAGGAAUGCUGCUGUAAAGAAAGUGGGCUCCUGCAGUCUUCCUCUUGUAAUUGCUGAGCAUCGAUUUGCCAAAGAUUAUUUCUCCAAUACACGUGGCUUUGAGUGUGAGUUCCAUAAAAUUAUAGAUGUUUCUCAGUAUUGUAGUAAGUCGAUAGUAACACGAUGGGGUAUGACAAUAUGCGAUUAUUGUUGUGAAUAUUUAGACAUAAAAAUGAUUGAAGGCGUGCAUCGUCCAUACGACGAGUUCUACGAAGUUAGUAGUCAAAACGAAAUUUAUGAUAUCGAGUAUCGUACAAAAAAUUUAAAUAUCGAUAUCAAGAGAGAGCAAACUAUUAAAGUGGAUGAAGUAUCUAUGGAGCAUAAAAAUGAAAUAUCUCAACGAGGUGAUAAAGAAUUUAGUCGGUGGAAUGCGAAUACAUUUACAGAUAGAGUUGAUACUGUUAAACCUAGUACAUCUCAAAUAAACACCACAACUGACGUGGAAGAUAUUAAAUAAAUAAUUUUUGACGCGAAAAAGAAUGAACUUUUUCUAUGACAACAAAUUUACAAACAAUAUUUAAGAUAUGUUCUUAUAAUUAAGACUUACAUGAUACAUGUAUGGUUAAUUUUACAAGAAAAAAAAUAGUAUUUUGUUACCAAAAUUUAUGAAAAAAAUAUAAUAUGACUACUAUCUUCAAUAUCUGGUUAUGGAUUAAAGAAACUGCAAGACUGUUUUACAAUUUUUUGUAAUUUUAAAUCUAAUUUUUUUUACAUUGUGUACUUUGAACUUAUCAUUCAGACUAUAAAUUUUAUUUAAAAAAGUUUCUUUAAAAUUGUACUCAAUAUAAAUUAUAUUACACAAAUUGAGCAAUGAAAUAAAAA